AGUCAGGAUAUUCUACAUAGUGUGAAUAUUCCGUUAAAAAGCUUGAUUCUAGUGCAAAAUGAUCAAUAUGUAGAAUCCGAACAAGUAAUUGCGGAGAUUCGUGCCGGAACGUCCACUUUGCAUUUUAAAGAAAAGAUACAAAAGCAUAUUUAUUCCGAAUCUGACGGGGAAAUGCACUGGAGUACUGAUGUUUACCAUGUGCCCGAAUAUCAAUAUGGUAAUCUUCAUCGAUUACCAAAAACAAGCCAUUUAUGGAUAUUGUCAGUAAGUAUGUGCAGAUCCAGUAUAGCAUCCUUUUCGCUCCAAAUGGAUCAAGAUCAAAUGAAUACUUAUUCUUUUUCUGUUCAUGGAAGAGAUAUCUUUGACCUAUCAAUGGCUAAUGAUCAAGUAAGCCAUAGACUCUUGGAUACUUUUGGUAAAAAAGAUAGGGAAAUUCUUGAUUAUUUAAUGCCAGAUCGAAUCGUGUCCAACGGUCAUUGGAAUUUUGUCUGUCCUUCUAUUCUUCAAGAUAACUCGAAUUUGUUGGCAAAAAAGCGAAGAAAUGGGUUCGUCGUUCCAUUACAAUAUCAUCAAGAACAAGAGAAAGAGCUAAUAUCCUGUUUGGGUAUUUCAAUUGAAAUACCCUUUAUGGGUGUUUUACGUAGAAAUACUAUUUUUACUUAUUUUGAGGAUCCACGAUACAGAAAAGAUAAAAGGGGUUCAGGAAUUGUGAAAUUUAGAUAUAGGACCCUAGAGGAAGAAUAUCGGUCCCGAGAGGGAGAGUAUAGGACUCGAGAGGAAGAUUAUAGGACUCGAGAGGAAGACUCAGAGGAAGAAUAUGAGAGCACAGAGAAUGAACAUAGGAUCCGAGAGGGAGAGGGCAGAUAUGAAAUCCUAGAAGAUGAAUAUAGAACUCUAGAGGACGAAUAUGAAACCCUAGAAGAUGAAUAUGGGAUCUUAGAGGACGAAUAUAGGACUCUAGAGAAAGACUCAGAGGAAGAAUAUGGUAGCCCAGAGAAUGAAUAUAAGACCCGAGAGGGAGAGGGCGAAUAUGAAAUCCUAGAAGACAAAUAUAGGGCUCUAGAGGAAGACUCAGAAGAAGAAUAUGGGAGCUCUGAAGAUGGCUCAGAAAAGGAAUAUGGGACUUUAGAAGAAGACUCAGAGGAAGACUCAGAAGACGAAUAUGGGAGCCCGGAGGAAGAUUCCAUCUUAAAAAAGAGGGUUUUAUUGAGCAUCGAGGAACAAAAGAAUUUAGUCUAAAAUACCAAAAAGAAGUAGAUCGGUUUUUUUUUCAUUCUUCAAGAACUGCAUCUCUUGCCGAGAUCCUCAUCCCUAAAGGUACUUGAUAAUAGUAUUAUUGGAGUCGAUACACAACUCACAAAAAAUACAAGAAGUAGACUAGGUGGAUUGGUCCGAGUGAAGAGAAAAAAAAGCCAUACAGAACUCAAAAUCUUUUCCGGAGAUAUUCAUUUUCCUGAAGAGGCGGAUAAGAUAUUAGGUGGAAGUUUGAUACCACAAUAAAGAGAAAAAAAAGAUUAUAAGGAAUCAAAAAAAAGGGAAAAUUGGGUUUAUGUUCAA